AUGGGUGAACACGAUUUUUUUCGAUACUUGAUCCAAGGAGUCAAAAAGAGCGUUACUGGACCAUCCGUCGGCAGUGCAGCUUGUAUAUCGGACCUAAUAAAUGCCGAUGAGCUGUGUGAUGAUGAAAUUGAUGUUGGAAAAAAAGAAAUGAGGUGUUUAUUAUGGGAGACAGAGGAAUAUAAAGAAUGUAUCUCUGAAAAUACAACAAAAUUCACGUCCGCGGUAACCACCAAGAGGGAAACGAACUUUUCUCUAGUUGGAAGGAUGAAUGAGAGUUAUGAGAAAAGGGUGUCUAAAGAGGAAAGGCAAAAAUCUCCUCAAACACAAGGGACACUAUUAAUUCCGAUCACCUUACAAGGGUGCGUUGGCGAAAGUUUUCGUAAGUUGGUAGACCCGCAAACUGUUUCGGUUAUUUUAGCUGGGAUAAGGCGGUGCGGUUGUGGUCUAUCGAGCGAGCAGAUCGCGCGUCAAGCUAGCGUCGGACGACAAGGUGAUCGUGGCGAAAUUAUAGAUAUAACGCCAUUCACCACAAUGAAAUUAUUUGCCCGUGACAAAACCCCGGUUCCAACAAGUGAUGUCUCACGACGUGAUCGAUCGAUAAAAUCUAAAGCCUCCCUUAACCCUCGACCGCUUGUUCACGUGAUAAUACUCGUAAUACGUGACUUGAAAUCCGACUAUACAUCGUACGAAGUCCAACUCAAAAAUCAAAAAUCAAACACGGUUGGACACGAACCCUUGUAUAAGUGGGAAUCUGAGAGAAGCGCCCUAGUUGUUUACGUGUCAAAUGGGAUACCAAUUGAUUAUUCCGAUGUUGACCCAAAUAGAAUUUCGACUCUGAAAGCACCUUCUACGCCACCCGCAAAAACUAUGCUUGGGAAGCUUGGGAUCUACAGAGUUACCGAUCUUGAAUUUCAUUUCAUUUUCCGAUUCUGGGUUCCCAGGAUUCUCCGCGUCUGA